AUCUUGAAGAAAGGCAUAUAUAAAAAGGGACACUUUGUUGAAGUAACUGCUGGUUUUGAUGUUUGAAGUCUGUGUCACUUACAGGCAGGGGAUUUGACAUUGGCAGAGCAGGUUCAAAGCCUAGCUGCUUUCUAAGCUCUGUGACUGUCUAGCUUUGUGCUGUUCCUGUGUAGUUUCUAUCCAGUUGAAAUACAUCGCACUCAUGUGAUAGAAUUGAGAACUCCACUCCAGAAAAGUCCUGUCUGUAAGAUACCUGCCACCUCGGCCACCCCAGCCGUCUCCUCCGUGGCCCCUGCUGUGCCCUGCAGAUCUGUUCCUGGAUCCUGUAGGUGCUUCCUGCACGUUGUCCAUGUUCUGUCUCAAGGAAGUCUACAGAACUUUUUUUGCAUGAACCUCCCUGCAAACUUUAGGGAGGACUGGGCAAGUGUUGGAGAAUUUACAUGCAGCCAUGAUCUCAGCUCAGCAGGGAAGUGAAACCCGCAGAAUGGAGGAUUGGGCAGCCCAGAGCACCGCUGUCUAGCUACUAAGGUGCUGAAGUUCCUUGUGGUAACAAACUACUGAGAGCUGUGGUAGCCUUCCAGAACAAUGUGCUGUGGAGCCACUGCAGACCGCAGUCCUGUCUUGGCGCCCGUGUUCGCUCUCUUUGUGCCAUUUCACUGCUCCAUCCCAAGAGUCCAGGUGGCGCAGAUCCUGGGCCCGUUGUCCAUCACAAACAAGACACUGAUUUAUAUAUUGGGACUACAGCUUUUCACCUCUGGGUCCUACAUCUGGAUUGUAGCCAUGAGUGGACUUAUCUCCGGCAUGUGCUAUGACCGCAGAGUGCUCCAGGUCCACCAGGUGCUCUGCAUCCCUAGCAGGCUGGCCCAGUUCUUCUCCUGGGCCCUGGAGCCCAUCUUCUCAUCUUCAGAACCCACCAGCGAGGCCAGGGUUGGAAUGGGAGCCACUGUGGAUAUCCAGAGGCAGCAGAGGAUGGAGCAGCUAGACCGGCAGCUGAUGCUCUCUCAGUUUGCACAGGUGCGGCGACAGAGGCAGCAGCAGGGAGGAAUGAUCAAUUGGAAUCGACUUUUCCCCCCUUUACGUCAGCGACGAAAUAUCAACUAUCAAGAAGGUCCUCGGUCUGAGCAGCGAGCACCUCCUCCCCUGGAAGUUUCUGAAGAGCAGGUCGCCCGCCUCAUGGAGAUGGGAUUUUCCAGAGGGGACGCCUUGGAGGCGCUGAGGGCCUCCAACAAUGACCUCAAUGUGGCCACCAACUUCCUGCUGCAGCACUGACAUUUGGCUGCUGAAAGACAGUGCUGCGUCCUGCCACCACAUCAGCCUGAGGACCAAACAGACUCCAGCACAGGCGUUCUCAAGGGGAGACAGUGGUUCCCACCUUACACUGUCCUUAAUCCAAGGUGGUUGCCGUGUAGUAUCAAAUAAGUUUGCCAUUAAAUUAGCAUGUAUUUUCUAUCUUUAUUUUUUUACUGGGCAUUUCUCAGGUUGGAGAACCGUCAUUCGUACAUGUUCAAAUGCACGACGGUCACAGGCUUUGGUGGCAGUUGUAUAGCACUGCAGAGAGACAACUGUCCUGAAGCUCAGGUGCAGUCUGCUUGUCCUCACCUCAGUGAAGGCUCACUGGCAGUGUCCUUGAGGCCUCAGUGACAAAGGAAGCCGGAGAUUAGCUCCCUCCAGCCUAGGGAUUCUGUCCCAACUCCUGAUUUCGGUAAAAAUAAUCUAGUGCCGAUGUGCAGUUCUGGAAAGCCCUCAUGAUACCUCCCUGGGGUUAUUUAGCUCAGAAUGCAUUACGGUGGCCACUCGGGCUAAGGAGAGAAUUGGAGUGAAGAAGUUGCUUUAGAGACUAGCAGGGCUGAGCAGAGAGCAGGCGCUGGCCAUCAUGGCUCAGUCCCAGCCCACCCAACCCACAGGCCCUUACACACACCACUUCUGGCAGCACACCCUCCCUGGCCCCAUCCUUGCCCCUUGUGGUGGGUGAGGCAGUGCCCACUGUGCAGACAGUCAGGGAGGUACAGGCAGGAGGCAGCCCCCUGUGAGCAAGAACAGUUGUAGGAAUUGAUGAUGUCCCAUAAGCAAACUGCACCAGUGUGUUCUGCAGGUCUGUUCUGCAAAAUGAGCAGCAAUGUGUCAAAUUGAUGCAAAUGUAGGUGUGUGAUCCUUACAAUAAAGUUUUUAUGUGUUUUA